AUGUCAUUUUUUUCAUCUAAUAUUAAUUAUAAUAAUUCAUAUAAAUCGUUGGAAAAAGAUAAUCUAUCAGCAUUAUAUAAAUAUUAUCAAAUUGAUCCACAACUGUAUCCACCACCUGAUCUUCAAUUCAAUGAAAUAAUCGAACAAUCUUUUUAUCCAUUACAUUUAUACUUCCAACCAUCGAGAUUAGAAAAUAACAACUUUUCAGAACAACAAGGGAAUAUUUCUCAUAAUCUUACUAAUAAUAGACAAAGAUUUCGAAAUGGGAGAAAAGCAAAACAACGACUAAAAUCUAAUAGAAAUCGAACAAAGAAUAAUAAACAAUCGAAAACUAUUACUAAUAAUUUUCAUCAACGAAAUAUAAUUACUGUACGUCGAAUACCUUAUCAUGAUAUGUUUAAUUCACAAACAACAAUGAAAAAACAAUUUGAAUAUGAACAAAAUAAUUUUAAAAAUCAAUGGAAUAAAAAACUUAGAUCAACUAAUCUCAUAGCAAAUCCAUUAGAAAAAUCUAAAAACUAUCUUACUGAAUACAACUCACCACUUCCUUUUGUUGAACUACAAAUAUCACCAAUAGAAUCAACUAUAGACAAAUUAUUAGUGUCAUCCUCAACUACAAAUCAUACUACAAACAUUGUGACAACACUUGUCUCUAAUACUCUCUGGCAACAACAAGCACUUGAAAAGAAAAUGUCAAAAUCGAUGAGUAUGACAAAAUUGAAGGUUAUUUCUGUCAGUGACUCAUCAACUAGUUCAUUAACAUUUACACAAUUAUUUACUGAUGAUAAAAAUCAGACUAAACCAGAUAUUAUUAUACCCGGUUCACAUAUUGAUUUUGAAACAUUGUCUACACCUCAUUUAUUUUCUACUCCUACUCCUUCUUCUAUUGUACCUUAUUUUUCAUCUACAAUUUCUCCUUAUGUAUUACGUCAUGUUUUAUCAUCGACAAGUAUAACGUCAAAAGAAAUAUUUCAAACAAAAUCAAUCAUAGAUUCUAAUUUAACAAAUGAAAAUAAUAUUCAUAAUUUAAUUGAUCAAUUGAAAAUUUGUAUUGAUACACUUAAACUCUUACUUGAAAAUAAAAUACAAUAUAAAAAAUAUAUUAUUUCUAAUAAAAAAUCUUCUUCAAAUGAAAAAAUAAGUACACCGGAAAAGAAACAAAUAGAAUUAUUAUCAUUAUCAUCGUCUUUAAUAUCAACAAGAACUUGUUCAAGAUUCUCCAGACAAUCUAUUUCCGAUGGCAAUGACCUUUUUUUUAAAGAUCUUAUAAUACAACGAUGUAAUUCUUUUAAUAAUUAUCAAGGACAAAAAAGUAUGUUUGAUCUUUUCAUAUAA